AGAAGGGAUACACCAGGUGAAUAUGAUGUCAACAGAAUGUACAACACUGGAAUCAUCAACUCCUCUCAACCUUAUUCUUCCAGUAAAAUGUUUACAUGUGAUCAUCAGAGCAGUGUGAUUAACAGUUCCUAUGCAUCUACAAAUACAUUAAUUAAAAAUUUCCCAUUUCCUACUUUCACUCCUUCUGCUACCGCUAGUGCUUCUACUAAUCCCCUAUCAUCAUUGAAUUCAACAAUAACAACAUCUGCCUAUCUACCUGUAACUCCAUCAUCGACAUUAUCAUCCGCAAAAGACAAAAAUUAUCGAAUGGAGAAAUCAGUCAAGAAAAAGACAUAA